AUGGUUCCCAGCGCUGCGACAGUAUCAUUCCAGAGUGUGGCCCAUGCACAAGGCGAAGAUUUAUGGGUGGCCUGCUACAUGAAGGCGACGUAUGCAUUCCGUGCCGUGGACAAAAUAGGAAAAACACUUGGAAUGUGUCUACCACUACUGCGACUUUGUGCCUGGGACAACCCCUCCCCAACGACAUUCUUCCGGUUCAUUACUUUAUCCGGAUCUGCUCAGACGCCUUUUUCUAGCCGCUCCGAGUUUCUUUCGCAUGGUGGAUACUUCUGUCUUCGUAUGAUGCCAGAGAAAUUGGACGCCAUAGCCCGUGGUGAUCUCUCUGGUCGUAUUGUCCAUCCGAGUUUUGUCCACUUUGCACACAUAAUAGGCUGUGUCUACUACCGUGACGACAAUGGUCAACGUGUCCCGUCGGACUUCGAGGCAUCCUACUACCAGCUCGUAAUGCGGUAUCUCGAGGACAAAGAAUCCUUCACUCCGGUGGAAUUCCUGCAGACUUGUAUCUUCCUCGGCACAUAUCGUUAUCUCAACAAUCAGUUCGAUACCGCUUGGGACUGUGGCACGAAAGCCUACGAUAUGAUCAUAAACGCAGACAUGCACAUCACACUACCUUCGACGGACUGCACCGGAUCGCAUUCACCGCAGAACGUUGCCCGCGGCAGAUACGGUCAUAUUCAAGCCCUCGACGAAGCCGAGGAACAAAGAUCUCUCUUAUGCUAUGCCAUGCACGGAGACUUCUGCGCCAUACUAAUAUGGGAUAGGCCAGUCGUACUACCUCCUCAUCUCGACGACGAACUUCGAAGUCUGCUUAGCCACACGCCUUUCGACUACACCCAAACGGUAAUUACACGGACUAUGAGUACCUGGCUUCUACACGAAGCUCGUUUCUCUGUCUCUCAGGGAAUUCCGUCAGCGUCAGGCAAUGGUUCGAAGUCGUGGCUGAUGGAGCUCAAAGCUUACGACAACACGGGUAUUUCGUACGAGAUGUACUCCGGCCUUAUCGAAAGAAUCGAGCGUCACGUCACCGAGAGCAAGCUCGCGGCUACGAAGUUCGACCUGGUUUAUAAGGACCAAUCCGGAUCCGUCUCUCGCAAACUGGACGCAGUCAUGGGCUUGACCGCCCUUACGGAGAUUCACCUUGCUCUCUACAGUGCCCUAAACCACGAAGAAUCACGCCGUCAAACCGUUAAGACUGCGAUAGAAAUAAUUAGUAUUUCGGACGGCCUCCCCAAGGACAAGUAUGAUCUUCUGGACCACAUGGUAUUGCUGAGUUGGAGAACCGCUAGAGAGGUUCUGGAACAAGAACAAGCUCGCUUACUUGGCGCGAAUGCUGAUGAUACUUCGGUAUACCCAGGGACCAUUCCGUCGUUGUUGAUGACACUCCGGGGCUGCGUUCGAUGCUUGAGAGCAGUGGCACCAUUUGGUUAG